GUUGAGCUCCCAACCAAAAGAGAGGGAGAGAUAUUACUUGGCUCUCUCUUUCUCUUCUCAGGAACAGUUGUGAGCACCAGGAACUAAACAUGGCUGCUUCAACUGCAACAUUACCUCCAGCCUUCCCUCCCUCACUUAAAAAUAAUUCAAGGAGAGUUCCUACUCAAAGAAGAUUUGGUAGUAAUAUUUCAAAACCGAUUAAAACCGUCAUAUCUAUGAGAAGAAGUAGAUUAGUAUUCCACCAUGUUUGUCGUGCUGCUGCCUCUUCUGCAGAAGGAGAAUCAGGGUCCUCACCCUCCAACCAACAGAAACCAAUUAACAGAGCUCCACCAGGUGUAGACACCAGAAUUCAUUGGGAUAAUUUGGAGGAUGGAUGGAUAGGAGGUAGCACAACCACUAAUUCAUCACAGUCCACGAAAAACGAGACAGGCGGUGAAGGAAAGUACUCUUCUCAACAAGAGAGCUUUCUUGGCCAGGAUUUCCCUGAUUUGCUCAAUAGUGCUUCCAACGAUUCCCAUUAUCAGUUUCUGGGAAUAUCAGCAGAAGCAGAUUUGGAAGAGAUCAGAGCAGCAUAUCGGCGACUGUCAAAAGAAUACCAUCCAGACACAACACUGCUUCCAUUAAAAACAGCAUCAGAAAAAUUCAUGAAGUUAAGAGAUAUAUAUGACAUAUUAAGCAACGAAGAAACUCGGCGUUUCUAUGAUUGGACUUUAGCUCAAGAAGCAGCCAGUCGGCAAGCUGAGAAGAUGAGAAUAAAGUUUGAAGAUCCUUAUGAGCAAGAAGUGAAAAGGUAUGUGCCCCAACCAGACUUGGUCGAUCGACUUGGUGGGAAGAACUUGCAGUUGAGUGAUCAGGCAAUGUCGGCUCUAACCUUUGAUGCUGCCAUUUUAGUUUUUUCUAUCUUUUGUAUAGUUUACGUCGCAUUCUUUAAGGAUCAAUAGUAGUGUGUGGUCUGAAAUUGUGCAACCAUUGGACAAUGAUAUAUACUCACGUUCAUAUAUCUGCUGGCAAGGAUGUAUUCAACUGUGGAAAUGCACAGACUAAAAUAGCUCUAAGAGCAUGAAACAAUAAUUCAGGCAUACUGCAUUUGAAUGGACAA